AUGAGUCCCCCAAGUCCUCUUGCGAGAGUUCUCGAAAGGAGAUUUGAAGUCGUCAUCGGAAGGGAGAGUCGUCCUACCAGGCUGGCGUUGGCGAAGUCAGAAGGUCGCAUCGAGUGGACGGAUGAAGGGACAUCUGAGCGCCUCGACUUCCGUGCCUCGCGUGCCGUCAGUCCCCCAUAG